AUGAAGUUUGGGUGGCGCGUUUCAUCCAAUACAAUAACCGAUUUUGUCCGUGAAGUGUGCCGGGCGAUCGUUGACGAGUAUCUGGAUGAGGUGAUGACCUCUCCAAGCACUCCUAAAACUUGGCGUGAGAUUGCCAACCAGUUCAUGACAAGGUGGAACUUUCCUCAUUGUAGUGGUGCUCUUGACGGCAAACAUGUUGCCUGCAGACGCCCUAACUCAUCCGGAUCAACCUACUACAACUAUAAGGGAUACUAUUCUGUGGUGAGUAUGGCCCUAGUGGACUCAGAUUACAAUUUCAUAUGGACAGAUGUUUGUGAGAAAGGAGCAGCACCCGACGCACAAAUCUAUAACGGGUCUGCGUUGAAAGAUUGCGUCGAUGAUGGCUCCAUUGGCUUCCCACCAGCUGAACCCCUGCCCGACGACAACGAUGAUGUGCCGUACUAUCUAAUCGGUGACGACGCGUUUGCCUUGAAGUCUAACAUGAUUAAACCGUAUUCGCACCGUGGUAUGAUCGACGACGAGAGGAUCUUCAACUACAUGCUGUCAAGGGCACGUCGUGUGGUCGGGAAUGCCUUUGGCAUCCUUGCCAAUAGGUUCCAGGUUCUCCUCAACACUAUGAACCAUGCCCCUCAACCGUAA